CCCUCCCCGCACCGGGCGCGGCGCUCCCCUCCGAGCCGCCGCCCCGAGCGCCGCCGGGCCCGCGGGACUGCCUGGCCGCUUGCGCUGCCCCGAUGAUGUUACCGAGCCCCGUCACCUCCACCCCCUUCUCUGUCAAAGACAUCCUCAACCUGGAGCAGCAGCAGCAGGACCCGCACUAUGGGGCCCAGCUCCCGCACCACCUGGAGCACCACUUCCACCCCGCCGCCUGCCUGCUGGCGGCCGCCGACGGCGCCCGCUUCUCCGACGGCGAGGAGGAAGAGGAGGAGGAGAAGCUGUCCUACCUGAGCCCCAUGGCAGCCCCCGUCAGCCAGGCAGACGCGCGGAUCUCCGCCGACAACUACGUGCACGCCGUUCUGCGCGGCUCCUGUGAGGCCCCCGGCCCGGGAGAGGAGCUGGACCCCGCGGCCCGCGACCCAAAGAGCUGCGUCCUGAAGAAGCCGCUGGACGCAGCGGAGAAGGCGGAGGAGGCGGAGAGGCCGAAGCAGCGGAGCCGGAGGAAGCCGCGGGUCCUCUUCUCCCAGGCGCAGGUCUUCGAGCUGGAGCGGCGGUUCAAGCAGCAGCGUUACCUGUCGGCGCCCGAGCGGGAGCACCUGGCCAGCAGCCUCAAGCUCACCUCCACGCAGGUGAAGAUCUGGUUCCAGAACCGGCGUUACAAGUGCAAGCGGCAGCGGCAGGACAAGUCGCUGGAGCUGGGCGGCCCCGCGGCCCCGCCGCCGCCACGCAGGGUGGCCGUGCCCGUGCUGGUGCGCGACGGCAAGCCGUGCCUCGGCGGGUCGCAGGGCUACGGUUCGGCGUACAACGGGCCCUACUCUUACAACGGCUUCCCCGCUUAUGGCUACGGCAACGCCGCCUCCUACAACCCCGGCUACGGCUGCACCUACCCGGCGGGCACCGGCGGCGCCUCCAUGCAAGCCGCCUGCAGCCCGGCGGCGGCCGCCGGCCCCUUCGUGAACGUGGGCGGCCUGGGGGGCUUCGGCGGCGGCGGGCAGCCGCUGCACCAGGCGGCGGCGGGGCCCUCCUGCAGCCAGGGCGCACUGCAGGGCAUCCGGGCCUGGUAGCCCGCACGCACUGAGGGCCGGGAGCGGACCGGCAGAACGGCCCGGCGGCUCCGGGGCCCCCGUUAUCACCCGCACCGCAGCCCGGCUGCGCGCCCGCGCAACGCGCGCCCUGGACCGGCGACGGCGGCGGCGGCGGCGGAGGGACGGCGUGGCGGGACCCCGGCGCUCCCGCGGGGCCGGCGGCGGGAGGAACGGAGCAGAGCGGAGCGGAGCGGCAGGACGGAGCCGCCCAAGCUCGCAGCGAAGCGCCGCCGCCCCGGGGAGCCGCCGCGACGGCCGGGCGGGCCUGGGUGGCCGGAGCCGAUCGCGCCGCGCCAGCGGAGCAGCUUUGCUUGUAAAAAGCCGACGGCGGGGCCCGGGGGUGCCGCGACCCCUCU